GACCGAACGCGUCCGUACUCUCUCCAACAUCUCCCUGCAUCGCCGCCCUCGUGAAUUGCACCGCCAGCCGUCGACCGCCUCCUACGUUUCGUAUUCCGUAUACCGCCAAACCAUGGGCCCCAGUAUUUUGAGGGACGCUGAAGUUACUCGAAAGCUACUCGAAUAUGUCCUCGAUUCGCAGAAUGGAAAGAGGUCUUUGUCGAGGAUGGCGAGGACGUGCAAGGCUCUCUGCGAGCCGGCGUUGAACCUGCUUUGGAGGGAGAUGGAUUCCUUGAUCCCGCUUAUUUCAUUGUUUCCGAAUCAUCUAUUUAAGAGGACGAGACGUCCUGGCUUAGGCUUGGCUGCCAUGCCGGUCGAAGAGGACUGGAACAGACUUAUUGCAUAUGGGCAGCGUGUGCGACGCCUUACUUACGACGAGAGCGCCAAGAGCAUCUCUCCCUCCAUCUUUCCCGUUCUAGAAGAGCAUCGUCCCAGGACGUAUAUUCUUCCCAACCUUACCACCCUCAUCUGGCGUGUCGAGACUCCCGCGGGCCUGGAUCGUUGCCAGCUUUUCAUGAACCCUGACCUGCAAGGCCUCGUGCUGGAGAUCGGCACGCGCUUCCCGCAGCUUGCGACCUUCUUCACCGACCUUUCACUUCACACGAGGUUGACCUCGUUGUCGGUCGUGUCACCCACGAAUCUUCCGGAUGACUUUCCGCGCCUUCUCGCUCCCCAGACAGACUUGGAGAAGCUCUCGUUGGUGGCUCCAGGUGCGCUUUCGCCCGGCGUAGGCAAAUGGGCUGCAUCUCUUCCGGCCCUGCGCAGUUUGCAGGUCGACUUGACAGGGAGAUCUACGAUAGCUGUGGAGGGGUUUUUCGACGACAUUGAAUCGAGGUCAGGAUAUAGCACUCCGGGAUCUCCCAAUGCAGGCGAAGAUAUCGAUUUCUCGAGCAUCAGGAGGUCGACUCUGAAAUUGACAGGCGACCGCGCGCCGAUCAGAGGUGCCUUCAUACCGCUGCGCCAUUUGCAUUUAACAGGCGAAGUGGCGAACGUGGUGGUAUUUUUGAGACAUGUGGCGAGUCCUGUCUCGCAGAUGGACUUGGUCAUCGAGGACCCAUUCGACAAAGCAGAUUGGCAAGAUCUCUGUAUCCUGUUAUCGCAAUCGUUUGGCGACUCGCUGCAGUCGCUGCGCGUAUCUGCGAGUGGAGCAUCGCGUUUCGCCGAUCUCGUCCGGUCCACUUCUAGAGGAGAACUCGCAGCCAAGCGUUUGUCUUUGGACAGUUUGUCGACUUUGCCCGCUCUGGUGCGGCUCGAUAUCGACCUUCCAGAGUCGGUCAUCUUCCAUAACUCCGAUAUCGCCAAGCUUGCAGAGGCGUGUCCGAACAUCGAGAUCUUGCGACUAUGCCCCGUCGCACGCUUCCCGAUCUCGGCAGGUCCUCCCAAGGUCACCUUGGAGGGCCUCGCGCAUCUCACAGCCAACUGUCGACGUCUUCAUACCAUCGCGAUCGCCGUGAAUGGCCAACCCGGGAGCAAUGAGAUCUUCGAAAUUCCUGCAUCCUCACGAUCUCUUCUCCGCCUGCACGUCGGUCACUCGUGGGUCCGUGACCCUCUCCAGGUCACGAUCCUCUUGUCCCAUCUUGCGCCCUACCUCGAUUCUUUCAAAUGGUUCCACGAGAAGAACCGACCUGGGUUCAUUGAGACGCACGCACAAGGCUGGGCACGCGUUGCAGAGAUGCUUCCACACCUUCAGUCACUGCGCCUUGUCGAACGCAGAGCGGCAGCGCAGCAAGUGCCAGACCCUCCGGCGAAGGUGAACAAGGCCGUCGAUGCUACUCCCCUGGUGGUCAGCAGAGGAAUGUCGGCCGUCGUGAGGACAGCAGAGGCUGAGAUCCAAUUCGCGCCCUCGACUAUGAGCCGAUUCGUCGAGGCGAAGCCAGCUCACCUCUCCGUGUCGGUUGAGGCUAUACCCGCCGUCAAGGAACAAGAGAUCGACGCUGUUCCUCCCGUCUUCGAGCAGUCGGUGGACGCUACGCCCUCGGUCUUCUCGCAAGGGAUCAAUGCAAUCGUUGAGACCGCAGCCAAAUACGUCGAUGCUUCCAUCUAUCCUGAAUUGAAGAUGGCCGACACGCCCCAGAGAACGUACUAUCCGCGAUUGUACGUACCUCCGGUGGUAAGUGGCGCAGUGUCACUGGCCUGGAAGGCGAUGGUCUUUGGGCCCAAUCUCAUGACCUCUCGCCUGCACGACAUUUGGUCGUUGACGCCCUUCCGCGUGUAUGCACACAAAAACGAACCAGCACGGGAAAAACUGGCCAACGGCGCCACGGAAACUGAAAAAGGAAAGGUCGGCGUAUCAAAGUUGAACGGCACUAGCAAUGGCGACAUCUCCCCCGUCUGUAUAUAACUCCCUCGCCUUACCUUACUAUGGAACCCGGUUACUUACUGCUACGCUUAUGGUGCCGAUGUAGGACGUGUCGGACAGCGCGCUUGACCCCCAUACCACAUAUGACUGUAUGAAUUCUGACGACCAUGUUCCUUAUGAUAAUCAUGCAUCCUCUCUUGACAUACCUUCCA